AUGAUUUUUGUCAGAAAAGUGCCGUUUAAAUCAAAAACAUACUUUUGCGUAGGAAGUUUAUCUGUGAUUAUAAUAACUAUUGUUGCAACUACAAUAAUAAUAAAACAGCUAUCAAGAUGUUUGUUUUCUGUUAAUUCGAAAAAUCAAUCGAUUUCACAGCAACAUCAUGCAACUUGUAUUGUAUAUGUUGAGAACAGUGCUGGUCGACUAGGUAAUCGAAUGUUUAUGGUCGCUAGUGCUUAUGGUCUUGCUCGUCUUCAUUCGUGUCAUUUGUAUUUUACACCAGUAAUAAUCGAUGAAAUAAAUGCAGUAUUUAUUUUUGACCUUUCUUCUCUUCUUAUUUCAACUACCAAGUUUAACUCAAUCAUCAACAGUACUGCAAAAACUUUGAAUAGAAUAAUUAAGAGUGUUGGUUGUCAAUAUAUUCUUGAAUUAACACGCCCGAAUGCUAUUUCUCCAGGAAAUAUAUUUGAACUGCAAGGUUAUUGGCAAUCAUAUCUUCAUUUUUUGAAAUAUAGCGAUGAGCUGAGAAAUCAUAUUUUUGUUGCGCGACAACCAAUAAUUGAGAAAGUCUCAAAGUUAUUUAUUGAUAUUUAUCAGCAACAGUUUAAAUUCAGUCCUCAUUUUUCAUUUGACAAUCAACAAUUAUUUAAAAAACAAUUAGUUCAAUCGAACUGGACAACAUGGAUCGGAAUUCAUAUACGUCGUUCAGACUUCCUCGGUGAAAAUUAUUCUUCAUCCGACGAAUAUAUUUUUUCUGCUGUCGAAUAUUACAAACAACAUUAUUCGAACCCGUAUUUUAUAGUCGCUAGUGAUGAUAAAAAAUAUUGUAAAAAUCUAUUUCGUAACAAAAAAAAUAUUUUUCUCACGCCAGAAUCAUUCUCUGUGGGUGAUGAUUUAACAGCAUUAUCACUCUGUGAGCAUUCUAUCAUAACUGGUGGAACAUUUGGAUGGUGGGCAGCUUAUCUUGCUAAUGGCCAAGUGAUUCAUGAUAAAGUAUAUCCAUCUGGAUGCGGACGACGUGAAUAUUACUAUCCAUCAUGGUUUAUGAUAGACGGAUAUGUACGAGCGUAUAAGAAUAGUAAUAAUACUUUGCGCUGA